GGCUGUGAAUGAUAACUGAAGUAAAAAAAUAACAGAACUUACUGGUUGGAAGUCAGUGAAGGCCUGCUGAACCUCUGCUUGGUCGGAACGCUCUCCUUCAACUUGUAUGGCACAGUUUGGAGAAGCACUGGCAGCAACAACAAAGUCACAUCCACCCAUUUGUCUGUAAAAUUGAAAUGUGUUACAUUAUUCACAUGACUGUAGCAUAAAGGCCCUCUGCUGUUAGCAGGGAUGCUACCACUGGUAUAAAAUAGCCAGAAGGCCUAACAUCCCCCAGUAGAGCCUCACUAUGUCAGGGAGUGUGGACAGAAGAUCACAACAUUUUCCAGAGCACUUGUGCUGCAUAUUCUGUGUUACAUUCUAUCUAAAACAUAUCGAUGCUAGGAAGCUAAGUAGCCAGCUACCUAAUCUAAACUAUGAGUCGGUUGUCUUGAACAGACAGGCUAAAAAUCAGUUACUUUAUCAACUACAUGUCCAGUUUUAAUGAAAUUAAUCUUUAAACUCUUUAUUAGUAACGUCUAGCCUUGUCCUAGCGCUAGCUUGGUGUUCUGACCAUACUUGACCUUGUAGGAGACAAAAGCUGUGUACGUGAGGUUCAACUUGCUGUUUUUCAUCUUUGUGGGCCAAAAGGUUCACCAUCCUGUUUUUCAGUCCAACUUGUGUAACUUCCAGCUAACCUUGAGCUCUUUGACCAUAUUGGAGAUAACAGGGCUCGUCGACCUCUGGGCUGGAGGGCGCGUUGACCAUAUUGGGAAGUGUAAACAUCACCCCAUCCUCUCUCAAAGGACUGUGGGAGUAACAAUAUAAAAUAAGCCUGCAUCUUCGUGGCAGGAGGGCUUUUGCAGAAGGAUUCCAGCCGAGGCAUUUAGUACCAGGCUGCAGGCUGUCCCAUGAGCUUUUGGUGAUGUAUUGAUGAAUUGUGCAAAUAAAUGCCCCACGCUGUGUUUGGACAAAACGUGUCUCUCUCUUGUGUUUUGAUAAGGCAAAAGAACCACAACCUCAAUGUCGUAUCCUUGGAGCACCAUCAACUACGUCGCAAUGUGGCUGUUCGACACUCUUCCUUCACACAUUUGCUGGCUGUUUAGGAAGACUCGGCUGUCCGGCGGGCUGGACUCUGUGUGGGUUCCAACUCAUGGAGAAGGGUCUGGCUGCGGCCGCUGUGGAGCUCCACAGUAACCGGAAACACGUGACCUACACAGUAGCCGGAAGAACGUGAUCACCACAAUGGCAAUAAACACACGGAUACCGCGGACAUCUUGCAAAGAUGCACAUAUCAAUCUGGAAUUCGGGCUUAAAGCCAGAAUUGCAGGAAUGCAACACGUGUUGCAGAGGACUCUUUCACUGCCCUCUGUGCCCCACUUCCAGCCCUACUGUCAGGGCAAAGAUUGAGGAGCAUCUAAGUGUGCAUAUAAAAAAUGCUUAGCAUUUCAAAGAUACAAUGAUUUGCCGGUGCAGGCUGCCUUGUCGGACAGCAGGACACUUUCACUGCCCUGUCUGUAAGAUUACAAUCAUACGGCGUGGGGAUAUGGCAAGGCGGCAUUAUCAGGACUGCUCCCCGUUGAACUCUCCGAGGAGACCCGUAUUCCUCCAGCAGUACACUUCGAGGAGCCCCGUCUCCCCCCCAAGAAAAUGUCAUCUCACAGAAAAUGGAUCAUCAGAAACAGCUCUUUUCUUGUGAAACGUUGUGCCAGGUGUGCCCAGAGCACCCAAAACUUGAUGAGGCUGUUCUAAUUACCAAUAAAGCGAGGAUUGUCAGCAUGAUGGGAGUGAUUGAGAAUGUUUCAACACACCAUAGAUUGUGUCCUCAGUGCCACAUGGUCUGCAGAUACCAGGAGUGGACAGAUGGGCUUCACAACUUUGACAACCACGUUGUUUUGUCUCUUGAACUCUGCCUUUUUCUGAGAGAAAAUCUGCAGAACCGUGUAUCAGCUUCAAGGGUCAUUGACUCAUUGGAGGGCUUAAGAAGAGUGAAGUUUCCUUCUAGGGAUACCAUUUUUCAUGCUUAUUUCCAUUUUGAGGCUUUGACUGACACAGACUACAUGUACUCCUGCAUAAACUGUGGGUUUCACCCCCCUGUGGUAGUUAUGGACUUACACAGAAAAGGGGUGUUCAAGUUAGCAGUGAGUGACCUCAAAGCCCCGGAAGACUUCAAUGGUGAACAUGACAUUGAAGGUUUUUGGAACUCUGUUCAUGUGGAAAUGAUAAGCCGUGGGUUUUUUCCAAGCGGCACGAAGAAUCCAUUUUCAGUUCCACCAAGUUACACAUCCUGGGCACCAUGGAUCGGGAAUGAAACUCGAACAAGUGACAUUGUGCUUAACACAGAGUUUCAAAAAGUAGGAAUAAGCUCUUCACAUGAAGCAAAGCUUAGCGGUGUCACAGAAGACCGUCUGUUGGAUGAACUCGCAAAACAAAAGGUUGGAGUGGUAAGAAAAUUGUGUAAAGCAUGCAACAUCGACUCCAAAGGCUCCCGCUUUGAUCUCAUCACCAGACUGAGGGAGAAGAUGAAGAGCAGGCAGACAUAUGAUAAGGUGUUUCAAAGCAUAUGGGGUGCCUCUGGAGGAUGGUCUGUAAUACUAUGUCCACAUGGCAUUGUAUACAGUGUAUACAGUGUUAGAUUUAAUCUUCAUGCUGAAAGUCCCCGGGAUUUUGCUGACCUUCUCCUGUCCUGGAAGCACAUGCCAAACGUCUGUGUUUACGAUUUUGCGAGGAGUUUGGCGGCACACACCAAUUUGCGGGUUCCUGAUAAACUGCCAUUUCACCCACAUGAAGGUCGACUGGCUGAGCCCACUGACGAAAAUGUCAAGGCUGCACAGGAUGGAAGCCUGAAAGUGAAUCUUCCAUGGCUACAUGAAAGGAUGGAUAGUGUAAAUGAAGAUCCUCAUCUGGUAACUGGAUCAUCUGACCAUUAUGUCCUGUAUGACAGAUUUCAUGAGGGAAAUACAAAAGAUCCCAAGGACAAAUUACGCAGAAUUCAACUUGUCCCAGAGCUGAAAGGCUGGCUGAACAGUCAAGUUGUUGAACAGUUCUUUGCAAACAUGAGGAAAAGCAAUUACUUUUUAAGUAACAUGAGUCCAUACACACACGUGUUUAUGAUGAGAAAUAUAACUCAUCAUUAUAACAGUUACCAACAAGAAACUUCUGGAGAGGCAGCUAAGACAUGGUCGACUUGGAAAGAUCAAUAUCUCAUUGUCGGCACUGGCUCAAGCUGUCGUAGCCCCACAGGUGUGCAGUAAACCCAGAGAAACCACAGAAACGGUGUUGAACCCAGCACCUUCAAUGUCUGGUGACAAUGAUCCUCAGGAAGGAGUUGACAACAAGAAAGCCAAUAGAAGGUCAACAGAUGCAACGUUUCCUGACCUGUGUGGACCAACGUGCGAAGCUCUGACAAAGCCUGAGAACAUUUUGGCCAGCCGUUCAUCGUGGUGUUUUGUA